AUGAGCGUCGGUCAAUCUCUUGUGCCAGAAGAAGCCCUUAAUGGGUCAGGACUCAAACGAAAGCACUCUGAUGCCGGAGGUUCUGAGAGCCCUGCAACCCAAUGGCCCGCUACGUUGCCAGAGGAUGGUGAGGCCGCCGUGUCUGCUAUUGUCAAAACCGAGGAUUCCAGCGAGCAGAUUAUCAAACUGCCGGCUUUUGAGCAUGCCGUUAUUGUUCCUGCUCGUCCUCCUCAGCUCAUCUACCAGGGCAAGACCGGUAUCUGCUACGACGUCAGAAUGCGCUACCACAGCCGUCUGAACACCAGCCCCAGCUCUUAUUUGGACCCGCACCCAGAAGACCCACGACGCACAUUCCGUAUUUACAAGACGAUUGCUGAAGCAGGACUGCUCACUGACGAAACUUUACAGGGCAAAACAGAUCUGGGGAACCUUAUGCUCAAGCUGCCGUCUCGCGAAGCCACGUUCGAGGAGCUGCUGCUUGUGCACACCCCGGAGCACCUCAAAUUCGUUAGCUCUACUGAAAACAUGUCCACCGAUGCAUUGGAGCACGAGACGGCUGUCGGUGACUCUAUUUAUCUCAACAACGACAGCUUCCUUGCUGCAAAACUUAGCUGCGGUGGUGCAAUAGAGGCAUGUAGGGCCGUCGUCGACGGCCGGGUGAAGAAUUCGAUCGCCGUGAUUCGUCCUCCCGGCCACCAUGCGGAGCCUGAAAAUGCUGGCGGCUUUUGUUUGUUUUCAAACGUGGCCGUCGCGGCAAAAACAAUGCUGCGCGAUUAUCCCGAGCAAGUGCGCAGAAUCGUAAUCCUCGACUGGGACGUGCACCAUGGAAACGGUACGCAGAAAGUGUUUUUCGAAGACGACCGUGUACUUUACAUCUCCAUCCACAGAUACAAUGGAGGUAAGUUCUACCCUGGAACAACUUAUGGUGGGCCUGACAAAGUCGGUGAGGGCAAAGGCGAAGGAUUUAACGUCAAUAUCCCUUGGAGUACGACCGGUAUGUGUGACGGUGACUAUAUGGCUGCUAUGAACAAGGUUGUUAUACCGGUAUGCCAAGAAUACAACCCAGAUCUUGUAAUUAUUUCCGCUGGAUUCGAUGCGGCUGAGGGCGAUCCCAUCGGUCUCUGCAAGGUCAGUCCUCCGGGAUAUGCCCAGAUGACCCAUCUCAUGAAAAGUCUGGCUAAUGGUCGCCUAGUUGUUUGCUUGGAGGGUGGCUACAACCUCGAUUCAGUAUCGGUGUCUGCUCUGGCUGUGACAAAGGUUCUUAUUGGUGACCCUCCGGCCCCCCCUGCCACCACCGUUGCUUCAAACGCUGCUAUUGAAGAUAUCGAUGAGGUGCUUUUUUACCAGUCCAAGUAUUGGAAAAACCUGGGCCCCAAGAUGCUUGAUUGGUCUAGCCGCGAGGCCUUCACCAAGGAAGACAGUGUUCAGGAAGGUCUGGCCACGCUUUCCGACGUUAUUCGUGGUUACCAAGCACGUGCUCUUGCUAGAGCGUAUUCGCUUACCCCACUUCCGCUUUUGCGAGAAAGCAAGCGGGUGGAACUCGGCCCUGACCAAGUAUUGGCAACCCCGCGGAUCUACAGUGCAGAAAAGGUCCUGGUAAUUCUCCACGACCCUUCAGACGUUUAUGCACACCGCAGUGCUAUCACCGGUCUCAUACACACCAAUGAGUCAACGGUAGUCGAUGGUUCACAAAAGUUCAUCGACUGGGCGAUAAAAGGUGGCUAUGGUGUUUUGGACAUCAUGGUCCCCCGCCGGUCAAACCGGCCUGACGAUAGCUACAAAGAUCUUAUUGAGACACUUUGGGAUGACAAUAUCAAACAUUUCGCCGCAAAUGAUCUUCUACUGGUCGGAAUUGGCCAGGCAUACGCUAGCGUCGUUUUUCUUGCCGGACACAGAAAUAUUCGCGAUAUCUGUACGGGCAUUGUUUGCUUUGCCGGAGACAUCCCCCUGGUUCCACUAGGAACUACCGUUGAGGACUAUAUUGCCUCUUGGUUCUACAAAACUUCUCUUAUUUUCGUGUCCCCCACCAAUAAAUAUUUCGAUGGCCCGGCAAAUGCCAAGCGGCCGCGGAGAAGAAAGAUGGGUAAAAUCGUAAAUUCUGAAAAUUCUGACGGCAUUUACGAAACAGUUCUCGCCAAAUUCGAAGAGAGCUGUGAGUUCUUGACAUCGGAGUAA